AUGUUUGGUUUCACGAUGCAAGUGACUGCUGAGCAGGCUGCACCUAUUCGUGCACUUGACCCAUUCUUCCUGCAGGGCACUGCAUCUGCAAACCAUGUGUCCAUGUACACCAGCUUACUGCAAGCACCACAACCUACUCAAUAUGUCAAGAGCAACUUUGUCUACCAGGUCUCUGUAUCAGGCUUAACGGACAAAGAGCCCUUUCGUAGGAGACCGACUCGGACCACGAACGAUGAACGGAUUGCAAUCACACAGACUACUCUAAACUUUGCCGAGCCCCUCCGUUUAUUUGUAUCGUUGAUUCCUGAUGACACAAGCGUUAAGCAAUUGGACUUGGAGGACUGGACUUUUCCAGAAGACCAUACGGCAGCCAUUCGGAGCCUUCACACUUGUAUACGUGGACUCAUCUCGCAUCUAGUCCGCGGCGCAGGCGCAAAUCAUGCUAUAGGCGACGUGCUGGAGCUGAGGAAUACGGUUUUCUCGAGACUUGGGUCAACUGCUCCAAAACUCCGGUCCGACGUCGACAAAUAUCAACGCAGCAUGGCUAGCAGGACACUGCCAUCAGUACUUGCAUCUCGGCAAGCAUGUCUUGAGGCUCAUGACUGGUCAUAUCUGACUUCUAAAAGCCAUUUGCUGUCCGUGCGGCAGAUGGUGGUGGAUUUUGACGACUGUCGUGUCACUUCAGACCAAACAUGA